UCUAAGAAAUCCCUCUUCCGUGAUCUUUAAUUGUCAACGCCCUAAAAAUUUCCUGGGAUUUUCCAUCUCACAUCAUAUAAAUUUUCUCAUUUCAAUGAAAAUUUUCUGUCACCAUAUCCAUCAAUUUUCAUGGGCAGCAACCACUCCACAACUGGUUAUUCUCGUUUUCAUUCUCCAGAUUCUCUGCAAAAGCCUCUGCUAAGCCAUGCUAAUAAGGAAGACAGGCUAGAUUCUGCCCUGGAAAAGGAAGUUGCUGAUUUGAAUCUUAGGGUUGCAAACCUGGAAAGUUUAUUGAGGAAAAAAGAAAAGGGUACUGAGGCAAUAAAGCAGAAGAAUGCUGCUUUGGAGAAGAAAGUAUUGGAGUUAGCAUCCACCAUUGAUGAGAUAAUUAAAAGGUCUGCUGCCGAAUCUUUUAUGAAAAAUUCCAAUUUGAUCCCUGAUCUUAUUGACAUGGAUCAUGUUUCUAUGGUUGCUGCUUCAGAACUUGACAUACAAAAUCCAAUUACUGAAAUUUCUUCCAAGCAAGAUUUUCCUGAGAUGAAUAAUCCUGUGAAUGAUCUAGUUGGAUGCCUAAUUGUUCUUAUUUUUCUGCUAGCUGUGCUCAUUGGUGUUCUCCUGUGAAUUAUUUCCCCCCCUAAUCUUCAAUGUAUUUUUUAUUUUUCAAUUUGCUUGAGAAAAGUUUGGUUGCUCUAUUCCCAACUAUAGUUCUCCUUUUGUGCAUUCCCAACUCAAAGACUCAUCUCGGAGGAAUGAGAGAAAUAGAUAUGAAAAAGGAAAUGGUAGAUCAAAAUUUUUCAAUUAGAGAAUUAUAAUUAUGUC